CUUCCAAAGGGAUGAGAAUUAGUGCAGUCGAAUGAUUAGACUUUCGCUCACUGGUCACUACCAGAUACCUGAACCGUACUGAAACAAUAAGAAGCGACAGCAGAGAAGUCCAUUGUUUAUACUAGCUUAUGACAAACGUAUUGGAUAUUGGAAUUUGCUGCGAAGAUCGAUUGAAUUGAGCGGGGUUUACCAAAGUGACGGUGCUAAACCGUACUGAUCAGUCUCAAUCAUGCUUCACUUGGAUCCUACCCUUUUUGAAGAUGUUCCACCCUCUUCUAAUGCUUCAACAGAAUACGAGACAGUGGAUGAUGAAGUUCAGAUUGACUUGGGAAAUUAUAUUUCGAACUACCAGGGAUACAUAUACUACCAGCGCCUCUUUUUUAUUGCUCAGCGGUGCCCUUCUUUGCGUGUUGUAGCACUGCGCCUUGCACAUGAUUACAUCAAAAAAUCUACAUUGGACACCUCCGCAUACAACAAAAUAUUUUUGAUGUUAGCCGAGCAGACAAACUUUUCUGUAGCUGACUCAUCAGCAUCCGGUGAGACUUCUAGGCAACAACAGCAGUCGGCUUUCUCGAUGCGCCUUAUCACAAACAAUCACCUUUCAGAUGGCUUGUCUUUAUCUAAUCCAAGUGAAUUAGGAGUGCUGGGUUCCUCUCUUACGGAAGCUUCCAGAAAUAUUUUAACUGGGGUCAUGUCCGGAAAAAACGAAGCCAAUUUGGUUUACGACGCGAAAUGGGAAGAGUCUACAAGGCGGAAAGGUGUUAUGCUUUUGGAACAGUUAGAUACAGAAUUAAAAAAUCACAAGGCAAAUUCAAUUAAAGAAAGCAUACGUCGUGGUUCUGAUGAUCUUGGUGAUUUGUAUUUACAGUUAGGACAAUUGAGCAAUGCGAAUAAAUGUUUUGCUCGUUCCCGAGAUUAUUGUACAUCUCAACAACAAGAACUGAGUAUGUGUUUAAAUGUUAUUAAGGUGGCUAUAUUUCAACGUGCUUGGUCUCAUGUUAGUGCACAUGUUACUCGAGCCAGCAGUUUAUCUGAACUACGUGAUACUGCCCCAUUAUUAGGUGCAAAUGCAGCCGAAUUAAAUGCUCAACAACGAAGCCGUACUGAAGCCCUAGCUCGUUUGGGUACAACGCGUACAACAACUGCUGGCACAUCCGGUGAAUCUUCCACACGUGGCUCUUCUAGUUUAAUAGACCCUUCAAGCCGCAUUUCAUCUCGACACCCUGGUGAUAGUAUUGGAGGUCAUAUUCCUACAUCAGGUGGUCAAAGUUAUCGUGAUGCCUUAGCUCAAGCCCGAACUCAGCUAGCUAUUGCUGCUGGACUAGUUGAAUUAGCUUCUCGUAACUACAGAGGUGCUGCAAUGAAUUUCCUUCAAGUUAAUCAUGAUCAUUGUGAAUCACCUACUAGUCGGAUUGUAACUAUAUCAGAUUUAGCAUUUUUCAUUACAUUAUGCAGUUUGGCUACAUUUGAACGUACUGAAUUAGCAACAUUAGUUCUUGGGAAUGCAUCGUUGAGAUUACUUUUGGAAGCAGAACCUGCUUGUCGUGACAUGUUACAGUCGUUCCAUCAAGCAGAUUACGCAUCUUGUUUGGGGCGAUUAAAUAAACUACGAAAUAUUCUACGGUUAGAUAUAUUUUUGUCUGAUCAUGUAUCUGCAUUAUGUCGAGAGAUUCGAUCACGUGCACUUUGUCAGUAUUUCAGUCCGUAUUCAUCAGCUGAUUUAAAUUUGAUGGCUAAAGCAUUUGAUACAAAUGUAGCUAAUCUAGAAAAUGAAUUAGCAGUACUUAUCCAAGAUGGAAGUAUUAAAGCUCGUAUUGAUUCACAUAAACAGCUUCUUCGUGUUCUUGACGUGGAUCAGCGAUGUCUAACGUUUGCUCGAGCUGUACGACUUGUUGAUGAGUAUAAAAAUCGUACACAUUCACUGAUACUUCGAAUGGCAUUAGCACGUCAGAAGCUUACUGUUAAGUCGACCAGAGAUGAUAUUGAUCCAAUGUAUCAUUACAUGUCAUAAAAUAACCAGUCUUUGGAUUAAUGAUAAUAACUGCUUAUAAAAUAAUCAUAGUAGUAUGGUAUUAUGAAGCUAUUCAAAUUUCUGUGAUGGGUCAAAACUGUCUGAGAACUUUCAAUUAAUGGAAGAGAACACACACCAACCUGCUUUUACAACAGAUUUACAAUAUCCUCCAUAUUUGAAAAAGACUGUAGAAAUAUUGUCCUGUUUUUUUUCACAUAGAACUGUUAAUUUACGCCUAAACACAAAUGCUUACUGCUUCUACCAUAAGUCAUCCUCUUUUACUUCAGUGACACGUGACUAAUUCAUUUGUACUUAUUUUUCACGUUGAAUAUUCUUUAAAGCUAUCAACUUAUCCCCUCCCGUCACAAUUCUGUUGGUCCCCAGUUUUCAUGUUCACGAACUAUCAAAUGUACACAACUUCUGCACACCAAGUCGAAAUACUAUCCUUACUUGAAAGCUUAUGAUCGGUAUAGUAUUAUUUGUCGAUAUUUGAUUUUUAGGUUUUAUUAUUGUAUAAAAUGUUGGUGGAAAUUCCGACUGCUUUAUCACUUAGCUUUUGCAGUUUGCAUAUGUGAAAUGAUGUUUGUUUUUGUGUUAGCACUUCUCUGUUAGGUUCGUCAUCUAGAAGUAAGAGGUGAUAUUUGAUUGAAACUUUUAACUCGUGAUCACCGGCAUAUUUUAGUAGCAUGUAAUUUGAUCUGUUGUAUAUCUCUUUUUGAAGUUGAAUAUCAAGAUAAACUAAGUGGAAUUGGAACUACCUAUGGUGUAUCUUUUUAGAUGUUGAAUAUAUAUAUGCCUGAACAGUUUCCUGGGACCUAUUUCAUAAUGGUAUCUGAACUCACGUCAACGGGGAGAGUCUCAGUUCUAUAUUUAUGGAAGAACUAAUGUUAUUGUUAUCAGAACAUGAUAUUGAUACAAUUAGGAGCAGUAACAGAAAUUACAGGGUUAGUAAACACUAAAAGGCAUCAGUAGUUUAGAUUUGAACGGUUGGUGAAGAAAGAUAAGUAGUAGUUAGACUUCAGCACGAUAACGAGAAAACGAAAACGGAUUUGCCCAUCGUUUGUGGAGACUGUGUCUAGUAACAUUAUCUAUGACGCGUGGUAGUAAUUCGUUGUUUGUGUCGAUUUAACUACGCUGCACAUCCAAUUCGAUUAAUUUCUGAAACCCAAUAACAGUGUUUGAAUUCAUAUUUUCGCUUAUUAUGCUAGAACAAAACGUAUAACCCAGUUGACCGAACUGAAGUAAAUAAAUCAGGCUAAAGAUAACUGAAGUUGGAUAUCUAAAGCACUUAUUAACACCACGUUGGAAGGCUUGCGAUAGCGGACAUAUCACUGAACUAACUAUUAUCAUAACACUUGGUUAUUAGUUUAUUUGGUUUCGUGCUAUUUCCUGCUGUCCACUGUCCAACCAAGGUCUGGAUAAAGUAAUGUUGUAACACAUUUUCAAUGGGAUCCGUUUGACUAAACUAGCAUCUAGUCUUAGUUUUCGUAGUCAUUCGACUAAUGGCCAGUGAACCAGUAGAUGCAUCGACCAAACCAUCUACUUUUCGCCAGAACGCAAGCAUAAUAUACUGUUCUUUUACUUACUGUAAAGGUUGUAUGUAAAUUUUCUUUGAGACUUACGGGGUUAUUUGACUUUGAAGAGAUUCCUAAACAAAUAUGCUACGUAUUCAUAUCACCAUUUAAAGUCAUAAUGAGCGGUUUGCGCAAAUGAUGUACGUCUACUGGCCGUCUUCCCAAAUGAGACUGGCAGAACAUCUGGCUGUUUAUUAAACCGUGAGCACACAAUGUAGCAGUCGAGUUCGUCAUUUUACGAUUGUGGCUAUCAAGAAUGGGAAAUCUGCCUUGUGUUUCUAAAAUACCGCUUGUUUACAAUGAAACUACCGGGUCAGUAGUGUUGUAUUUGGAUGAAAGCUGUAAACAAAAUAAGUCUAUGUAGUUCAGAACCUGAAAGGAAUAACGUGGUUGAAAAGUGUAUUUUACUCAACAAGUCACUUCCCAACCCGAUAUCCGAAGUUGUCUGUUAUAAUAAACUGGUAAACGAUUAUGAGUAGAUAGGAGUAAAUGCAGACCAGUGAAAACAUUGGUUGUUACACUGGACAGCAUAGACUUUAGUGAGAUUCAUCGGGUUAAAAGUUACCACUUAAAAGGCUCUGAGGGAUAAUUCUUAAAAUUGAUCACUGGUAAAAUUUACAUAUUUAUCUACUGAUAGAUCUUAACUAUUGUAUUGUCGUACAUCCAUUUUCCCCGUCCAUUAAUACCAUCGUUUAUUUUGAUUGUUCUCUGUCUUUGUUGCUUUUGCGAUUGUGUAAUGCGAAAACUUGGGAUGUUGUAUUUUACAUACGAUUCUAUGUUGUGUCGAUAUCGUAUAAAUGCCUUUUCCAAGGUUAUAUGGGAAAAAUGCAACCUAUUUAGUCAAUUAUGGUUGAUCUGCAGGUACAUGAUUACUGGUAAUCUUGACUGAUGGUCAUUUUUUCAGAUAUUGUGAAAGGUUAACGAGUGUAAACUGUUAUUUUUAGUCAGUUCCCGAAUGAUAUUAUGUCCAAGUGCGAUGUAGAACUCUCGAAUUUAACAACAUUCGUUUUAGUGGAUGUGUUAUGACCCUAAACUCGGCUAGUUGUCACGUGAUUUAUUCGCCAAUCAAAAUACGACUUAAUCAAUCUUAGCACUGUGUCUUUAUUGGUCCUUGUCCUCCUAACCCUGUCGGUUGAGUCCAGAACACCAAUACCUGCUCUCACUAUACGAAUCAUUUAUUUCAAACAUACCUGAUUUAUAUACAAGCCAAACGGAUCACAUCAUACCAUAAAAAGAAAAUAACAUUUGUACAUAGUCAAGCCCAAAAGUGGCUGUGACUUUGGCAGACGGUAAUUAAUAAUGUGAACAUAACUUGAGAACAGUAAAUCGUAUAAUAAUAAUCUAUAGAUCAAAAUGAAGCUUAUAAUAAGAGGAAGAUAGAUAUACAUAAUCCAGUUACUGAAUAGUUAUACAAUAAGAAUAUAUAUAUAAUAUCAGUCCAUUAACAGAUCUCAGGAAUUAUUUGUAGGUUAAUCUUCACUAGGAUAUAACAGUAUAUACUGUCGAGAUGGGUCACAAACUACACUAAAACAACUCGUCGGUGCUCUUGUGUUUCCAACAAUAUUCCAGCUGAUACGAAUCAUAAUUAUAUCUGUCACUUUUAUGCACAGUCGUGCUAAAAUGUAUGUGGUACCAAGAGAUUCAACUAAAAUGGGUAACGUUACUCUAUUGUCAAAAAAUUUUAACUUGUGGGUUAUAUCUGACAUUUAAAUGGAGGUCAAGACAACUGUAGAUUGAUUGAUACUGGUUUGUUCUUACCAAAGUUACUCAGUUUCAAAUACGGUCUACUAUUUCAGAUUAUAUUUAAAUAAAUACAAGCGACUCAGGAAAUAUAAAUGUUAUUAAGCUAAGUGAAGAGAAUUUUCUUUUCGAUAUCAUCAUUUACCUUAUCUGCAAAAUCGUACUUGUGGUUAUUCUUUACAUGCGAUUGUAUGUAAUGAAAUAGAGACGUACUCGAUCAGUCCCUCUUUUGCAGAAUCAGUAUUAUUGACCACUCAUUCUUUAUUCUCGUUAAGUGGACGAUAGUCUUUUACAUCUUUCCUGCAAAUUAUUAUCUAUUAUGUUUAAGUUUUACGCAACUUAUAACCUGGCUUACGUGUGCAUCGAUUCAAGUUUCCACACAUCAUUAGGACAGUGAGAUGAAAUUGUCAAAUCAAAUCCCAUAAUCGUAGAGGUGGUAAUAGUAAUAGAAUAGGCUAAGCAUCAGAAAUACUAUUCAGGAAAAAAGUGAUAUAGAAACUUGGAAGCUUGGGGAAACUGUGGAGUAAAUGAAUCUGUGCCAAUGCGAACUACUUUGAGACAUGUCACUCAAAAUCUCUAACAAUUUGCUAUGACUGCCUCACGAGCCUUCUUGACUUAAAAUCUACAACUUUCCAGCCGUCGAUAACUUUGGUAAGUGGUGCAACACUCAUUUUAUUAUUAAGUUCUAUAUCCGAUAAUUUGAAAAUGUCCAGUUUAUUUUAAUGAAUUUGUUAAAUUACGCUAUUAUCCCUCUGUUUUAUUAUAGGUUAUCGUAUGUAAAAAAUUUUAUGAACAAUUGUACACAUUAAGUAAAUAACAUCAUUAAAAGGAAUUCUUUUUUCACUGAACCAUUUCUAUUUCUUGUUAUAACACUAAUGGGUUUCUUUUCUUGUUUUAGAUGUUGUGUUUAGUUACAAACUUAGAUAUAUUUUAAAAAGAUAUAUUACAAAUCUAAGUAUAUACAUAUUGGUAAAAAUGAUUGAAGUAUUUUAGAUGUUUUAGUUCAUAAGAGGUUUUCUGUUAAUUGGAAAAUAUCGUAUGUUAAAAAAGUGAUUGGAAUCCAGUGACAUUUAUGAUAGUUAAUAUAUUUAUUUGCUUUUAUCUUUUUGGACUCGGGAACUUCAACAUAACAGUAAAAUAUGACGAAAAGCUUGUCAAAAUAUAGAUUACUAUUAAGAUAUACAUUUUAAAUAGUGUACACGUAUUCUUAUUCCUUUUUGAAAUAUUUACAUCCUGUAAUUAUUAUCAACAGCAUUUCCAGACAAUUAUGCCUAAAUUUCCACCACAUAGCAUGUAUAAAAUGUUUUUAAUAUCAUAGGUAAUUUCAAAACCAAAACCUUCACCAACAGCUACAUGCCAUGCUGCUCCAUACUUUUUAUCCAUAGUUUCUUUUACGAAACGAGCUGCUGCCUUAAUAAUUAAGUGGAUGAAGGUAGGAAUUAAAAUAGUGUAUAAACAUUGAAAAGAAAAGUAGCAGAUAAAUUAAAAAUAUUUAAAUUUUUGAGAACUCUUCUACUCUCUCGGUUCAGCAUAACAUGUUUGUUUAGUAAUACUAUGGCAAAAUGGAGAAUUUUACUUAUACUUCGAUCUAAAACUUUUGGUCUGCCAGGAACAAAACGAUGUUGGGGAUCGAAGAGCUUAAAAGAUAGACCACAGUAACAGGUUUAUCUGUGGUAAAAUCUAUGUUCUUCGUUCAGUAAAGCUCACUCUUGUUAGCCAUUUCGUUUACUAGAAAAUAUAAAUUUUAUUACCGGUUAGACUUAGAGUUUUAAUAGGCUAGAAAAACAUCUCAUAUUAUAUAUAAGAAUAGUAGCACUUCACUAGUUAUACAAGUAAGUUGUAACUCAAGUUAUCGGUUAUCUGAUGUGGUAUACUAUAACAUGUUACGUAUUUGUUGGUGGAUAUCAUUAUAAGUUAGAAAGGGAUAAGUGUCAUUGCACGUCGAUUUCAUCCGAAACAGAUAGCGGCAUAUACUAUGCGAGUCAAGUCAAGAAAACCACUGUAUUGCAACCGAAGAUUUAAGAACGUUUCUCGGAUUUUGUUAAGCUACGAAUAUUAGAUAGGGGUAGACGCACCUUCAUCCUAUUGUUUAACCUUGAUCGCUGAGGGUUGAAUAAUU